AUGUCGUCCACCACCACAGUUACGCAGACUCGGCCGAAGUGGUCGGUAGAAUACGACACUGUCAAGAGACACAAGCUGUUUCGUAACACACCGAAAGAUCAGAGCGCAUUUCCAGCCCUUCAAGCAGCAGUAAAACCGCACAUCGAAUCCUUCAAUGCGAUAUGGGGCGAAAAGUUGAUCGACGAAGCGCUGAAAGAUAUUGGCACACAUACGGUCGUUGAUGGCGACUUACGGAAUCCCAAUCGAUCGAUUCCAAGGAACAAGCUAGACUUAAGAGUCACCGAGGUUAUCCUGGAAAAGGCUGUCCUCCCACCCUCCAACAAGUUCAGCCUCCAAGAUCGAAACAUCUACCCUUCAGAGUGUCGGGAACGACAUGCCACGUACCGAGGCAAGCUGAGGGCGCGGUUACAAUACAGAAUAAAUAAUGGCGACUGGAAAGAGUCAAUACGAGAUGUUGGACAAAUGCCCAUCAUGCUUCGUUCGAAUAAAUGCCAUCUGGAAAAGUUCUCUCCGGCAGAAAUGGUUCGAUAUAAGGAAGAGUCGGAGGAAAUGGGGGGUUACUUCAUCGUGAACGGCAACGAGAAGCUCAUACGAAUGCUUAUAGCAUCCAAAAGAAAUUAUCCGAUGGCCAUUGAACGAAACUCCUUCACCAAUAGGGGCCCUACCUUCUCCAAAUACGGUGUCCAGAUACGUUCGGCCAGACCUGAUCAGACUUCUCAAACCAAUGUCCUUCACUACCUCACAGAUGGCAAUGUCACUUUCCGGUUUUCAUGGAGGAAAAACGAAUACCUUGUCCCGGCAGUCAUGAUCCUCAAGGCCCUGGUCGAAACCAAUGACCGAGAAAUCGCGGAGGGCAUCAUUGGCGUAUCGGCCACCAAGUCUGCAAACUCCUUCGUCACCGACAGAACCGAAUUACUCCUGCGGACAUACAAAGCCUAUAACCUCAAGACGCAAGCACAGACGCUGGCCUACCUGGGCGAGAAAUUCCGGCCCGUCCUAGGGAAUCCUAUUACAAUGUCGGAUGAAAAGGUUGGAGAGGAUUUUCUAAGAAAAGUCGUCCUACCACAUCUCGGCAAUGUCGAUGUCACACCUGCCCAGAAUAACGACAAAUUUCAAAUGAUGUUGUUUAUGAUCCGAAAGUUGUACGCCAUGGCUGCUGGUGAUUGCGUACUAGACAAUCCUGAUGCAGUAUCCAACCAAGAAAUUCUGCUCGGAGGCUUUUUGUACGGCAUGAUUUUGAAAGAGGGUAUUCAUGAUUGGCUGAUGUCCAUCGGACUAGCUGCUCGCGAGUGGUUGAGAAACAAGAACGAUGCCAAAUAUACCGACCCGAGCUUUGAAGCAGACUUCUUACCCAAAAUCGUUCGAAGAACCAACGAGAAUAUAGGAGGAAAGCUGGAAUAUUUUCUGUCCACGGGAAAUCUCGUAAGUCAAACGGGUUUGGAUUUAUCACAAACAUCUGGUUUCACGAUCGUCGCCGAAAAAAUCAACUUCUACCGAUUCAUUAGUCAUUUCAGAUGUAUACAUCGAGGUACUUUCUUUGCACAGUUGAAAACAACGACGGUGCGGAAGCUGUUGCCAGAAAGCUGGGGUUUCUUAUGUCCUGUGCAUACUCCGGAUGGUUCGCCCUGUGGUCUGUUGAAUCACCUUGCCCACCAAUGUAUGGUUCAAAUCAAGAAAAUCGAUACUUCUGGUAUUGAAAAAGCCGUUGUCCAACUCGGUCUUUCAUCAGUCCCCGAUAUAGAAGUCAAGGAUAGCCUCUCGAUUCAGCUCGACGGACGAAUUAUCGGUUACUGCCCUGCACAACGAGCGCGAGAGAUUUCUCAACUCCUGCGACACUGGAAAGUAAACGGUGAACACAACAUCCCGAAUGAACUCGAGAUUGGACUUGUUCCUACCUCAAACGGGGGUUUGUAUCCUGGACUUUACCUGUUCACCGAUCCUUCUCGCAUGUUACGGCCUGUCAGAUACAUUCCUGCAGACAAGCUCGACUAUGUUGGACCUUUUGAACAGCAAUACAUGAACAUUGCAUGCGUUGAUGCUGACAUCAUCCCCAACCUGACUACACACAUCGAAUACAAGCCGACGAACAUUCUCUCCAUCCUCGCCAACAUGACCCCUUUCUCCGACUUCAAUCAAUCGCCCAGAAACAUGUAUCAAUGCCAGAUGAGCAAGCAAGCUAUGGGUACGCCUUCAUCGAAUUUGAUGUGUCGAACCGACAACAAAGCCUAUCUUCUUCAGACGGGCCAGACACCUGUCGUCAGACCACCCUUGUACAACGAAUAUGGUCUCGACAACUUCCCCAACGGUAUGAACGCGGUUGUCGCCGUCAUUUCGUACACAGGGUACGACAUGGACGACGCCAUGAUUAUCAACAAAUCCGCCCAUGAACGUGGGUUUGGUGAUGGUGUUAUUUACAAGACAAAAGUGUACCACCUAGACGAAAAGUCGCGUAACCCCCGAUCCAAGACAGAGAUCAAAUCACUGUUUGGCUUUGCCGAGGCCGACUCGAACAUCUCUAAGGAAGCUAUCAAUAAACUUGAUGAGGAUGGUCUUCCCCCCAUCGGCACCAAGGUCUCCGAAGGCGACAUCGUUCUGGCAUACCACACUGUCAUGUUCGAUCCAUCUCAGGGGAAAUUGAAGAACCUGGACGGAAAGACCAGUUACUUCAAAUACAAAGACGCGGAGGAGGCAUACAUCGACCAGAUCCGACUAAUUGGGUCUGAAAGCGGCGAUCAGCCAUGUCAAGCGAUAAGCAUCAAGUACCGGAUUCCUCGAAGGCCGAUCAUUGGAGACAAGUUCUCGUCCCGUCACGGUCAGAAAGGUGUGUGCUCGAUGCUGUGGCCUAGCGAGGACAUGCCGUACAGUGAGACGGGCAUCCAGCCUGAUGUCAUCAUCAACCCACACGCUUUCCCGUCUCGGAUGACGAUCGGUAUGUUUGUCGAGUCACUCGCAGGCAAGUCCGGUGCUCUUCACGGUCUGGCACAAGAUUGUACCCCAUUCUCGUUCGAUGAGGAUAACACGGCGGGCAACUUCUUCGGCGACCAGCUCCGUGAGGCCGGUUACAAUUUCUACGGCAACGAGCCCAUGUACAGUGGUAUCACCGGCAAGGAAUUCGCGGCCGAUAUUUACAUCGGUGUCGUGUACUACCAAAGGUUGCGACACAUGGUUAGCGACAAGUUCCAGGUCCGUACGACGGGUCCGGUCAACGCCCUCCACGGUCAGCCGAUCAAGGGUAGGAGUAAAGGUGGUGGUAUCCGUGUGGGCGAAAUGGAGAGAGAUUCUCUGAUUGCACACGGUUGCGCGUACCUGUUGCAAGAUCGCCUGAUGGACUGCAGUGACAAGAGCCGUGCGUGGGUGUGUCGGACCUGCGGCAGCUUCUUGAGUACCAUGAUGGUGCCGAACCAGUUCACGGUGGGAAAGAGAGGUGGUCGCGUCGAACCCAGUGGCGUCGUUAGGUGUCGAGCUUGUGCUCGACCUGCGACGUUCGAUGAUAGCAAGAUGACCAUCUGGGAAGAUGGGGCCGGGAGGAAAUACGUCGGUGGUGAUGAUACCACUGUCGUGAAUGUUCCUGGGGUUUUGCGGUAUUUGGAUGUCGAAUUGGCUGCCAUGGGAGUCCGAACAUCAUUCCAGAUUGAGAAUUGAGAUUGAGCAUGAGCAUUGUAAAUAUCUCUCUGUACG